AUGAGAAUCAUGCUCCUACUACACUGGUUUGGGGUGUUUCUGUCCUUUUCUGGGCACACUUGGGCUGAGCACCCUCAACAUCAUAGUCCUCCAGAAGUGGUGAUUCCCUUGAGAAUAACAAGCACUGGACUUAGCAUGAAGUUUCCAGGCUGGCUCUGUUAUGGUAUGCAUUUUGGGGGUGAAAGACACAUUAUCUACAUGAAGGUCAAGAAGCAUUUGCUGUCCAGACACUUUCCAGUGUUCACCUACAGCGAUCAAGGUGCUCUCCUUGAGGACCAGCCUUUUGUUCAGAAUGACUGCUAUUAUCAUGGUUAUGUGGAGGGGGACCCAGAAUCCCUGGUUGCCCUCAGUACCUGUUUUGGUGGCUUUCGAGGCUUGUUACAGAUAAAUGACAUUGCUUAUGAAAUUAAGCCCAUGAUUUUUUCUUCCAAAUUUGAACAUCUGAUAUAUAAAAUGGACAGAGAGGACACUGAAUACCAAACCAUGAAAUCUGGCUUUAUGCAAGAGGAAAUUGUACAGCAAUUUGAGUUUCAAGAGAUUGGUAAUUCUACUCUGAAGCAAAGUUCAUAUGAGGGCUGGUGGCCCCACAGUUACUUUAUUGAAAUAGUAGUGGUAGUUGACAAUACUCUCUAUCUUCAAAGUAACAAAAAUGUCUCAAUAGUGCAGGAAGACCUAUAUGUUAUGGUGAACAUAGCAGAUUCUAUUUAUGAGGAAAUAGGUCUUAAGGUUUUAUUGUUUGGCAUGGAGGUGUGGACUAAAGAAAAUCCCAUUGAAGUAGAUGAUGUAAAGAGAUCUCUGAGAAUAUUUUGUCGUUGGAAAGCUGCAAACCUUUAUUCCCGCCUGCCACAUGAUACUGCACAUCUUCUAAUACAUAAGACAUUAAGAGGAAUGAGUGGUUUAGGCUAUGUUUCAGGACUCUGUAGAACAAGCCAUAGUUGUGCAAUUAUUACUUUUACAAGAAAGCCUGUGGGCCUUAUGGGAAUUGCAAUGGCUCAUCAUAUUGGUCAUAAUUUGGGUAUGUUUCAUGAUCGUAUUUUGUGUACUUGUGGAAAAUAUAAAUGUAUAAUGCAUAAUGAUAACCCACCAAUAACUAAAUUUAGCAAUUGUAGUUAUGCUUUUUUAUGGGAUUAUUCCUUACGUCAGACAAAAUGCUUGCUCUACACCAUAUACACAAGUGACAUAUUUAACCGAAAACGCUGUGGGAAUGGUGUUGUUGAAGAUGAAGAGGAGUGUGACUGUGGACCUUUGCAGCAAUGCUCAAAAGAUGCCUGCUGUCUGUCAAACUGCACUCUCAGUUCGGGGUCUAAUUGUGCUUAUGGGCUUUGUUGCAAGGACUGCCAGUUCUUACCAUCAGGGGAUGUGUGUAGGAAGGAGAUCAAUGAAUGUGAUCUUCCCGAAUGGUGCAAUGGAACAUCCCAUAUGUGCCCAGAUGAUGUGUAUGUGGAGGAUGGAAUUCCCUGUAAUGAAAGUGCUUACUGCUACGAAAAGAGAUGUAAUGAUCGCAAUUUACAGUGUAAGCAGAUUUUUGGCCAAAAGGCAAAGAAUGCAAGUUACAGUUGCUACAAAAAAAUAAACACUCUAGGUGACCGGUUUGGUCACUGUGGUACCCAAAACUUUUCAUAUAUAAAAUGUAAUAUGUCGGAUGUCUUGUGUGGGAGGAUUCAGUGUGAGAACAUAACUGAAAUUCCCCUUCUAGCAGAUCAUUCUACUGUGCAUUGGACUUACUACGAUGGUGUCAACUGCUGGGGUACUGACUCCCACAUUGGGAUGACCACACCUGAUAUAGGCGCAGUGGAAGAUGGCACAGAGUGUGGUGAAGAGCACCUCUGCAUCCAUAGGAAGUGUGUCCAUAUAUCUUACUUGGACAGUAAUUGUUCACCUACAUUCUGUAAUCGAAGGGGAAUCUGCAACAAUAAACAUCACUGCCAUUGCAACUAUCUAUGGGACCCUCCCAACUGCCUAAGACAAGGCCAUGGAGGUAGUAUUGACAGUGGUCCACCCCCUAGGAGAAAGAAGAUACAGAAGAUUUAUGUCUUAAUGUUUUCACUUUUUUGGUUGUUACUUUUAUUAUGUUGUCUUUUUUGUCUUUGUAUGAAGAGAACAUCUAAGAAAAAAGAGCAAAUUGUUCAGCCUCAACCUCAAAUGAAGCCACAAGCAAAGCCAAAUAUUCCACCUCCACAACGGACACCCUCACAGAAUAUUCCACCUCCACAACGGACACCCUCACAGAAUAUUCCACCUCCACAACGGACACCCUCAAGACCAGGUCCAUAA